AUGCCAGUUUCCAUCCUUCCACCCAGCGCAUUGCUUCCACCUCGUCGCGAUGCACAACCAGACGAUUCCGAUGUCGACAUGUCCGACGAUGAUGUUCCAAUGUCCACAGAUACGAAGUCUAUCGUCACUCCUGGCGAGCACAUCACCUCAGAUCCGCAAUGGAUGCGUGGCCACGGUACCUACGUACCUCCAGACUCGAGCACCAUCAUUUCAACUGUCGCAGGCCACCUGCACAAGACCAAUAAGCUGCUCUCAGUGCAACCACUUCGUGCGCGCUAUCAGCCUGAAAUUGGCGAUUUGGUGAUAGGAAGAAUUGUGAGCGUGCAGACGAAGAAAUGGAGUGUGGAUAUUGCGGCGCCCAUGCUUGCGAAUUUGCCAUUGAGCAGCAUCAAUCUGCCAGGUGGUAUCUUGCGAAGGAGAACAGCAGUGGACGAGUUGAACAUACGAACUUUUUUCUCAGAAGGCGAUUUGCUGGUCGCCGAAGUGCAGUCGCUACAUCAAGACAACACUGCGUCUUUGCACACACGAUCGCUAAAAUAUGGCAAAUUACGAAACGGCCUAUUCACGAGUCUGACUGGUGCGGGCGGGGGUAUACUUUCACGAAGAGGUGGUGUAGUCCGGUCACGAAGACAAGUAUUCACACUCAACACGGCUGCUGGAGAGAUCGAUGUUAUCCUUGGUGUCAAUGGCUACAUCUUCAUCUCCAAACACAUCACUACAACCGCAGACCCAAAAGAGAUUGGUAUUAAUCGGCUCGAUGAGAGUGUAACCGAGACCCUCUAUUCGAGUCAGAACGACGAUAUUGAGCCUGCUGUUAUGCGGGAAAUUACUCGUGUUAGCACCCUAAUCAGGGGACUAGUUGCCUGCGGAACCAAAGUUGACGAAGACAUGAUUGUCAAAGUCUACGAGGGAGCAGUGGAGCUCGAAGCCGAAGAACAGAGUCUGGGCGGUGUAGAUACGGGUAUCGGAGCCAAGGGCAUAGUCGAAGCCGUACUUGGCCGGCUGGAGCUUGAGGCUGGUGGGUGA